AUGGAGCGCCCGCCGGCUUUAUCUGGGUUGGGCGGAGGUGUGAUAGAGGAGCCAGAGGCCUACGUGCAUUGGAAAGGUUACGACCGCCGUUUGGACUCGUGGGUGCGGCAUUCACUGCUGAGGAAAUUGUCGGAAGUGAGCGAAGAUCAUGGCGUAUAUCCACGAUCAUCGGCAGGAGAUUUGGUUCCAACAGGAGUCGAUGACGUGGAAUGGGAAGAAGCCUUAAGUGACGACGCGCACUCAAAUGUGGAUCGUGAGUAUCUCAAAGAGCAUUAUGAACACACUAAGUUCAAGACCAUUAAUGCCAUCGUAAUGGGACAAUAUGUGGUGUCCUGUUGGUAUUUCUCUCCCUACCCAUUAGAGGUUCAAAACACGCCAAAAAUGCAUAUUUGUCAAUUCUGUUUAUCCUUCUUUAAACAUGAGGUGGAAUAUACCAGACACAGGAUGAGAUGCAUCACCCGACAUCCUCCAGGCCAUGAGAUAUACAGAGAUACGGAGUACUUCACUGCAGCUGGUGGUGAUAGCACACGAGUCGUCACUACAAAUAUUCGAGUGAACAAUAACACAGGAGUUGGCGCUAACACUGGAGAUAGAGUUAACACUGAAGUUGGCGCUAACACUGGAGGUGGAGUCGACACAAGUGGUAUAGCCAUUUGGGAAGUGGAUGGUGGUAUGUCACGAGUGUAUUGCGAGAAUUUGAGUUACGUGUCCAAGUUAUUUCUCGACCAUAAGACGUUACGGCAUCCUGUACACUUAUUCCUAUUCUAUGUCUUGACUGAGAUCCAUAUCGAUGGCUACCAUAUUGUUGGUUAUUUUAGCAAGGAGAAGUAUAGUAGGAAUAACGUCAGUUGCAUUCUGGUGUUACCACAGUAUCAGAAAAAAGGCUAUGGCAAAUAUCUUAUCAACUUUUCCUACGCCCUGGCGCUCAAGGAAGGACGUCGCGGCACACCUGAACGACCACUCUCAGAUCUCGGCCGGGUCUCGUACAUCAAUUACUGGCGGCAAUGUCUAUUGCACGUACUAAAGGACCGGACGAACUUCACUAUCAAUGAAAUCGCCGACGACCUAUCAUUCGAGCCUUCAGACAUACUCACAACCUUCAGCGAUGCCAACAUGGUCUUUACGGAGCCCUUCACCAGGCAAAAGUUCCUCUACAUAUCCGACGACUUCAUCAGAAUCCUUUCUGCCACUCUCGGCAAACCAAGCCGACCUGUAUUCCCGACCAAUCUCCGCUGGGUGCCUUACGAUCCGUUCCUCGGACCCUUCGAAUACGUCGCGGAAUAG